GUGCUGCAGUAUUGCUAAGAGCAAGACAACUGCAACACGAAAGAAAUGUGCUGGCAGAUGCACUUGUAUGCAAGCCAAAAAAAAGAAGUGGAAGUGUAUUAUGUUUAUGCUUAUCAACGAACUGUCAAUACUGAAAUUAUUAAUAAAAUAUAAUAUAUUUAUCGAAUAUUUAUAUUAUUUCAAUUUAAUAUGGAUUGUAAUGAAAAUAUUAAGGAUUUUAGAAACCAAGAAGUGUUAACAUAUAUUAAAGAUGAAGGAGAUUCCCUAAAGAAAUAUAACAAUAAGCAAGUUAAAUCUGAACUAGAUCUAGAUGAAUACCACUUUGAAAGCAGUUGUGGACAAGAGUCUGUAUUAGAUGAAUAUUGUUCAGAUGAUAUUAAAAUAAAAAACCAUGUUGUAGAAGAUGUAUCUAAUGAAAUUAAAAUUGAAAUAAAAAAAGAACUGGAGGAGUAUAGCAUUGGUGUUCCACACGAUAUUACAAUGGAAGUUACAAGUACCAAACCAGUAAAUGCUCCCAAAGCAUAUUUGAAAACUUAUACCGGCGAAAGACUGUAUAAAUGUAAAAUUUGUUGUAAGCUAUUUAUUGUAAAAAGUAGUUUAAAGGAUCAUAUGAGAGUUCACACUGGUGAAAAACCUUAUAAAUGUAAAAUUUGUAGUAAGCAGUUUAGUCACAUAAGUAAUUUAAAUAAGCAUAUGAAGAUUCACAUUGGUGAAAAACCUUAUGAAUGUGAAAUUUGUAUUAAGCAGUUUAGUUACCUUAGUAGUUUAAAUGAGCAUAUGAGAGUUCAUACUGGUGAAAAACCUUAUAAAUGCCAAAUUUGUAGUAAGCAUUUUAAUCACCGAAGUCACUUAAAUGCGCAUAUGAAAAUUCACACGGGUGAAAAACCUUAUACGUGCGAAAUUUGUAGUAAGCUGUUUAGUGAAAAUAGUAGUUUAAAGGUGCAUAUGAGAAUUCACACGGGUGAAAGGCCUUAUAAAUGUGAAAUUUGUGGUAAGCAGUUUAGUCGCCAAAGUGCUUUAGAUCAUCAUAUGAGAGUUCACACGGGUGAAAAACCUUAUAAAUGUGAAAUUUGUAGUAAGCUGUUUAGUCGCCGAAGUAAUUUAAGUAGGCAUGUGAAACUUCAUAAUGAUGAAAGACCAUAUAAAUGUGAAAUUUGUGUUAAGCAGUUUACUAUAAAAAGUAGUUUAAAUGAGCAUAUGAGAUUUCACACUGGUGAAAGUCCUUAUAAAUGUGAAAAUUGUGGUAAGAUGUUUAGUUACCUAAGUACUUUCAAUGAACAUAUGAAAAUUCACACUGGUGAAAAACCUUAUAAAUGUGAAAUUUGUAAUAAGCUGUUUAGUCGUUCACAUAAUUUAAAUAAGCAUAUGAAAAUUCACAGUGGUGAAAAGCCUUAUGAAUGUGAAAUUUGUAGUAAGCAGUUUACUAUAAAAGGUAGUUUAAGUGAGCAUAUGAGAGUUCACACUGGUGAAAAACCUUAUGAUUGUGAAAUUUGUAGAAAGCAGUUUAGUUACCUAAAUAGUUUAAAAGAGCAUAUGACUGUUCACACUGGUGAACUUUAUAAAUGUGCAAAUUGUAGUAAGCAGUUUAGUCGCAAAAGUGUUUUAUAUAGGCAUAUGAAACUUCACAGUGGUGAAAAAAGUCAUAAAUGUGAAAUUUGUAGUAAGCAGUAUAGUGACAUAAGUAAAUUAAAUAAGCAUAUGAAAAUUCACAUUUGUUUUGAAAAACCUUAUAAAUGUGAAAUUUGUAGUAAGCAUUUUAGUUACCUAAGUAUUUUAAAUGAGCAUAUGAGAGUUCACACUGGUGAAAAACCUUAUAAAUGCGAAAUUUGUAGUAAGCAGUUCAGUCGCAAAAGUGGUUUAGAUAGGCAUAUGAAAGUUCACAGCGGUAAAAAAACUUUAUGAAUGUGAAAUUUGUAGUAAGCAGUUUACUCAAGAUUUAAAGGAUCAUACUAGAGUUCACACUGGUGAAAAACCUUAAGGCGGUGCACUGUGGUUCCAACAGAGGCGUAUUAGCUACCGCCGUAUUAGCCGUAUCAAUUAUACCCCCCCCCCCCCGCCAUAUUGAAACAAAAAUUCAAUUUAAAAAAAUUUAACAAAAUAUUCUACAAUUUCACUAUUAAAUCGUUUUUAAACAGUGUGUGUUAAGUCCGACGCUCUUAUAGGGCAUAAGGACAACGAGAAGAAGAAACAGUGUGUAUUGUUUCGUUAUCCGCAUUUUCGUAUAAUGUAUUCUUUAGAACAUAUUUAAAGAACAGAGUUUCUUUGUUCUUGUGCUAAUUUUCAUUGUUCAUUCACCGUUCGCUGUGUAUGAGGCUCUGUAUAAUGCCAAAUUGCACUUUUUGUAAUCGUUUUACCUUGGAAUAUUUGAAACAAUGUGUAUUGUUUGGGUAUUGGGAUUUUCCUGUAAUAGGUAUAUUCUUUAUCUAUAAAUUAUGUAUAUCGA